AUGAAUCCUACCCUGACCCUAGCUCCCCUCCUCUUCGCGCCGCCGGACGCGUCCUCCCGCCGCCCAGCCACGUCGCCCGACCAAUGGGAGCGUGCCACGUCACCUCCGCCGCCUCCCCCCUCCACUCCGCGAGCGCCACGUGGCACCGCCGGAGCCUCCAGCCACCGCGGCCCGCGGAGCCCGUCGCGGGCCCGCGCGGGUCCAGAUCCGGCCGCCGCGCCGCCCGAGGGCCGCGCCUCCCGAGCUCCUCCGUCGCCCAGAUCCGCCGCCGCCACUCGGGUCCAGCCCCGCCGCCCGUCUCCGACGCCGUUCGCCGCCGCUGCCAUGGCGCCCGCGCCUCGCCUGCCUCCCCUCGUCGCCGAACCCGCGAAGCUCGUCGGAGCUCGCCGGCGCGCCUCGCCGUGCCUCUCCUUCCCCGACCCCGUCGGCGAGCUUCGUCGCCGCCGCGCCGGUGCGCUCCCCUUCGCCGGAUCCGGACGGGUGGGAUGA